UACCCGAUUUCUCACAUUACCCCGCUCUCCCCUACAGAACUCCAGUCUUUUCCUCUUUAGGAUCUGGGCGCCCACUGUCUGCAGCUGAGAGAACUGCAGUGUAUAUCAGCGCCCUCUGCAGGCUCUGCCUGAAAAUAUCUUAUUCUUUUUCUCCGAGUGUGUGCUUGCGUGUGUGUGUGAGAGAGAGAGAGAGAGAGAGAGAGAGAGAGAGAGAGAGAGAGAGAGCGGCACUGUGUAUAGGUGUUGGAAGCUUCACUGUGUUUUGCUCGGCGGUGGUGUGAGUGUGUGUGGAGUGUGUGUGUGUUAGAGUAUAGAUCAGUGAGUGUGUGCUGCUCGGUCUGUCCUGUCCGGAUGGGCAGCAACAGCAGGCUGGACAAAACUCAUCUUCCUCACCGUCGUCCUCCACCACCUCCUCCUGCUGCUUUCUGCUGUCGGAGCGCGGCGCUGGGAUGGACUGAGCGGACGAUGCAGCUCCUCUGCGAGAUCUUCCUCAUCCUCCACAUCACCAUCAUCAGCUCUGAAGCUCAGCCUGUCUCCUCAAAGCUUCAUGACGGUUGGUGGGCUUACAAAGACGCAGUGCAGGGAACCUUCAUCCCAGUGCCAUCAUUUUGGGGACUGGUGAACACAGCAUGGAACCUGUGCUCUGUGGGGAGGAGACAGUCUCCGGUUAACAUUGAGACCCGGCGGUUAAUCUUUGACCCCUACCUCACUCCGAUACGCCUCAACACUGGAGGGAAAAAGAUCAGUGGGAUAAUGUACAACACGGGUCACCAUGUCUCCCUGAGGCUUGAUAGAGCCCACCUGGUGAACAUGUCUGGGGGUCCACUGAGCUACAGCUACAGGCUGGAGGAGAUCAGACUGCACUUUGGUAGUGAAGACGGACAGGGGUCUGAACAUCUGCUUAAUGGACAAGCUUUUCCUGGAGAGGUGCAGUUAAUCCACUACAACCAGGACCUGUACCUAAACUACAGCGCCGCUGCCAGGAGUCCCAAUGGCAUUGCAGUCAUCUCUAUAUUCAUGAAGAUUUCAGAACCCACCAACUUGUUUCUAAUCCGGAUGCUGAGCAGAGAAAUCAUCACCAGAAUCACAUACAAGAAUGCGUAUGUGCUGGAGGGUCUGAAUUUACAAGAUCUGUUUCCGGAAACGUCACGGUUUAUAACGUACGACGGUUCUCUGACCAUUCCGCCGUGCCUUGAGAGCGCCACAUGGAUCCUGAUGAACAAACCCAUUUACAUCUCACAGAUAGAGAUGCAGUCUCUGCGAUUAUUAAGUCAGAAUCAGCCAAUGGAAAUCUUUCUCAGUAUGAGUGACAACAACCGACCGGUGCAGCAGCUCCACCAGCGCUGCCUCCGCACCAACAUCCACUACAACCAGCAAGGAAGAAACUGCCCCAACAACCGCAUGCUCCGCCCACAGUACAGAGUGAACGAGUGGCUGCUGAAGUAACUGUGUUCUGGAGCUGAGUUUCAGUCCACUGAGAAUGAUUCUGAGGCAGAGGACAGAACUUCAUAACAUCGCCUCCUAUUUUUAUACGUAUUUAUAUGUUUAUAUCCCAGAGGAGGAGGAGGGGGCAGAACCCUGCGUGUUGCUCCUAGAUAUACAGAUGGAGGAUAAUGAACAGGCCCACAGCUGCACCCAAACUUGUCAACUUUGUCAAUACAUUUUGGGAAAAUUCUAAUUGUGUACAGUUUCCAGACUCAGAGGAACCACACUGAGGGGUGGUGGAUGAUUAUGGAAGGACGUUCUGAGCAUGUUGCCUUCUGUCUCUGUUUACAGUAAUAAACACCUGAUCAAUAUCUGUCCAAUAAACCUGAUCCAGGUGAUCAAUAGCUGUGCUGUUUCUUAAAGAACUGCAGAACCAGAUACAAACACAAGGGUUCUCCUAUCGUUCUUUAGUAAAAGCUGUGGUUCUGAACAAGGCCAUCUUUUCUGCACAGAUUUGAAGGACGCUUUGAAUGUUGACAGUUUUUUCUCAGUCACUCUGAUAUAUUUCUCAGAUCAUAACUGGAUUUUUCUUUGCUAUUUAUUUAAUCCACAUCAUCUAGUCAGUUGUGUCUGUCAUAUAAACUGUUUCUCAUUUAUUUUGAACAAAAAUCAAAUGCUUUGGCAUAUGUCAGCAAAUGAUGUUAUACUAUUGUCUGCUUCUUUCCCCUUCAUUAUCAAUCACUUUUAUCAUGCAGAUCAAAAUGUACUUUACUCUGCUCAACUGUUCUACCAUUUAAAAACACUGAACCAGUUGUUAGGAUCUGUGAAGCAGAUUUUAUCAAUUUCUGUAUAAGCCAUUUAUUUGAGCUAAACCACUGAUAAAGCAAGCACAGUUUAAACUGAUAUAUUAGCUAGAUAACACUAAUUACCACAGCUGUGAACAAACACUGUGUCCGUCUGCGCUGCAUUCACUGCUCACAGCCGCGUGACUCUGUUUAUUAUGUAUAAAUCUGCGCUGCACGUAGAAACACAAAAUCUUCUCGCUGUAUUUACUUUUUUCUUAUAUUUAUAUUUAACGUACUUCCGUGUCAGACAGCUCUGACCAAUCAGAGGACACAGGCUGCUCCCGUGGUUUAUUGAUGCGCAUUUUGGUGCGUUUACAUUUAUGCCUAUGUGAAACCAGACCGAACAGAGCGAGAAAACGCUCCAAGUAAACGAACUCAUUAACUGAUUCAGACCAGAGAAACGAACUACAGGUGUGAAAAUGCCCUAAAAGACCUUUUUUCUUUUUAGCUUGUGGAAUUAGACAUAAUCGUUCAUAUAUGCCACCAUUCAAAAAGGGUUCUCUAAAGCUUCUUAUUUACAAAGAACCAUGACAACAUAAAAGGUUUCUUUGUUUUUUUAAUCAUUUUUUAGGCCGAAAAACUGCUUUUUCAUGCUAUAAAGGAUAUGCUUUGCUUAUAGACCAACUGAAUGCUUAGAUGUUCUUUGUCUCUCACAGUUGUCACUAUUAUCACUAUUGUCAGUCCUGCAGUGCAGUAUUUCAAUUUCUAUUUACCUGGAGUACUGAAAUUAAUUACAUGUGCAUUUUUCAAUAGUUGCUGACCUGCAGGACAAAGCCAGAUGUUGGUAAUUCAGCUAUAAAGAGUAAAAUCCACCCUGGAUUUUGUACUGACUACCUGGAUGGCUUUGUGUGUAGCUUAUUCAAAAUCUGGGGAUGGAUUUUACUCUCUGGACCUGGAUUCUUCACCUCUAAAAAAAAGGACACAUUUAUUGUUUAAAAUGUAAUUAGAACAUCAAGCACACACACACACACUCAGCUGUCCCUCAGUCACAUUAUGUUCAGUCUAUUUCCUAUUAAAAUCAUCCAGCUGAAUUCACUCAGUGUUAAAUUAAAUUAAUGAAAUGAUAACUCAUCUCUAAAAUGCAUUGCUGUCCAUUACUCACCACAUCACAUCAUCAAAAGCAAUGACGACGCUUUAGGCUCCGUAUUUAUUCUUUUAAUACAGUUUAAUUGUGUACUAACUCCCACAGGAAGGAAACUGCCACUGAUUCUUCAGAAUUCUCUAAACAACAAUCAUUGUAAACAGACUUACACACAGCAGCAGAUCCUAAGCAUCAUAACUGAUAUUUCAUAUAAAACCACAUAAAAAUAUCAAAAAUAACAGGCCUAGACUCAUUUUGCUGGCCGCUAAAGAAGAGUAUUAAAUUCAUUUGUACAAUAAUUUUACACAGUAACAUUUUCAGUGAAAAGUAGAGCAGAAUACAAUGUAGUGCUAUAGUGUAGAGUAGAUUAAUAUAGUAUAGUUUAGUAUAGAGUAGUACAUAAUAGUUUAGCAUAGUUUAGUGCAAUAUUGUAUAGUUAAGUAUACUGUUUAGUAUAGUAUAAAAUACUAUAGUAAACAGAAGUUUAGUGUAGUAUAGUAUAAAUGCACUGUGGUAUGGUGCACUAUAGCAUAUUAUAAAAUAAGGUGCAGUAUAACAGGUAUAGUGCAUUAUAGUGUAGAAGACGGAUGUAUAUAACCUUGUAUAUAAAAGUACUGGAUGGAGCACCAGUUUCACUGCUGUACAGCACAAUGCUGAGGGGUUUUAUUGGCAGUCAUUUUCUACAGGGACUAGCAGAGAUGCUCACAAGUCUUUGAUCACGAGUCCGAAUCAAGUCUCAAGUCUCUUCUUGCAAAAUAAAAGUCAAAGAAAUACUCUGUGAGGCAAAUAAGGCCUGGUCUUGAAAAAAUAAUGGAAAAUUAAUAACAGAAAAAUGAAUAUGAAAUUGGAAAAUAACCAACUAAACUAAGCCCAAUAAAAUCUAAUCUAACGAAUUUCAAACGAUAAAAACUAAAAACUCAGCAGAAGAGUAGUAUUAAAUAAAGUAAUACUUAAAAAAAAACAAUAAACUGCAUCUGGAUAAGUUAGCAAAGCUAUGCGCUUUCUCAACAUUUUGUUCUGCUGAACUGAGUGCUGGUAUUCGAAAGAGUUCUGCAUACUAGAGUUAAGAUUGUCUGCCUGCCAGUGUCACCAUAAAAUUGGCAUCUCUGUGGUGCUGCUCAUAAGAGGCGUGGGCCUGUUUUUCUCUGUAAAGCUGCUUUGUAACAACCUUUGUUGUAAAAAGUGCUAUAAAAAUAAAAUUGAAUUGAACCCGA